GCGACUUUGGGCGGGAGCGUUCGAAUGCGGCGGCGGCGUUGCCAUGGGGACGCGGCCUAGCGCCCGGCGCGGAGCCUGCGUGGAGUGAGGGCCCGGGCGGGCCGCGCGGUCGCGGAGAAAGAUGGUCUUUGAUUGUUCCAGACUCAGACACAGGUACUAAUCAGCCACCUGUUCCAGGGAGUACUACAGAUAUACUGUUGCCUGAAAUGGAGGCUCGUAGUAUCAGAAAAUGUGCAGCACUUUACCAUAAGCGGGGUUUAAACGGAAGAUGUCAUCCUGUCUGUAUGAGUGCCUUUGUGAGGCAGAGCUUGAAAAAUAUUAUCCACACUUUGCUGCCCUCGGCCUUCAGAAGAUAGAUGAACUAGCCAAGGUUUCCAUGAAAGAUUAUGCCAAACUGGGGGUCCAUAACAUGAAUGACCGCAAGCGUCUCUUUCAACUCAUAAGAAUCAUACAAAUUAUGCAGGAAGAGGAGGAAACGGCAGACACAGCCAAGGAAGAUUUUCAAACAAGUGGCCUCCUCCAGCCUCAGGUGACCAGAUCAGGUCCUCGCAGACAGCUGCGUUUUGAGUCCCUCUUUGAAAAAAAGGAUGGAACAGUUAAAGACUGUGAAACUGGAUCAUACGGUUUAUCUGAUUUUUCUGCCAGUGAAGACGGUUUAGUGGAGAUGUUGGGACAUGUUCCACGAGCUGACUUGGGUUACAAUAAAGCAGCCAGAAGAGAAACCCUGACUGCUUCUGGGGCAUGCACAGAACAUGACAUGGACUAUCCUACAAUGUAUUCAUCAAAUAAUAUUGCCCCUCUGCUGGGGAGUUCUGAAGCCCCCAUCAUACAAAGAGUAACUCAUAUUUCAGGGUAUAAUUACGGACUACCUCAUUCUUGCAUCAGAUCAAAUACCUCGGAGAAAGAGACACCGUGGACAGAGACUGACAAAAUUCGCGUGUGUGUCCGGAAGCGUCCGUUGGGCCCGAGAGAGGAGCGGCGCGGGGAAGUCAACAUCAUCACGGUGAAAGAUAAAGAAACCCUACUUCUUCACGAGAAGAAGGAGGCGGUGGAUCUUACUCAGUAUAUUUUGCAACAUGUUUUUUAUUUUGAUGAAGUCUUUGGGGAAGCAUGUACCAAUCAGGAUGUGUAUAUGAAGACUGCUCAUCCCCUCAUUCAGCAUGUUUUUAACGGAGGCAACGCCACCUGCUUUGCAUAUGGGCAGACUGGUGCUGGCAAGACUUACACUAUGAUCGGCACUCACCAGAACCCUGGACUCUAUGCGCUGGCUGCUAAAGACAUCUUUAGACAACUGGAGGCAUCCCAGCCAAGGAGAGAUCUCCUUGUGUGGAUCAGUUUUUAUGAGAUCUACUGUGGACAGCUUUAUGACCUGCUAAAUGGAAGGAAAAGACUCUUUGCAAGAGAAGAUAGCAAGCAUGUGGUGCAAAUAGUCGGAUUGCGUGAGGUUCAAGUGGAUACUGUGGGUCUCCUUUUAGAGGUGAUUUUGAAGGGUGGGAAGGAGCGCAGUACUGGAGCUACUGGUGUCAACUCAGAUUCUUCCCGUUCACACGCUAUCAUCCAGAUUCAAGUUAAAGAUGCAGCUAAGAGAACAUUUGGGAGGAUCUCGUUCAUUGACUUGGCCGGCAGCGAGAGGGCAGCUGAUGCCAGAGACUCAGACCGACAGACAAAAAUGGAAGGAGCAGAAAUAAACCAAAGUCUUUUAGCUUUGAAGGAGUGCAUUCGGGCUCUGGAUCAGGAACACGCACAUACUCCUUUCAGGCAAAGCAAAUUGACUCAGGUACUGAAGGAUUCUUUCAUUGGGAACUCCAAGACGUGUAUGAUAGCCAGCGUGUCACCUAGCCACAUAGCAACAGAACAUACCUUGAACACACUGCGGUAUGCUGACAGGGUAAAGGAGCUGAAGAAGGGAAUGAAGUGUUGUACCCCUGUCACAAGCAGACGUCGGACGGCCGGAAAUCCGUCUCCCAAGCGCAUCCAGAACUCGCCAUCGGUGCAGGGUGGGGAGAAGAGCUCGCCAAAGAAGGUGAAGCUGGGACUCCAGCAUCCUCUGACUUCUGUGAGGACAAAGGCGUGUGCUUCUGUGUUCCAUGCAGCUGGCGUCCCUUUCUCCCCUACCCCCAAAGGAGCCAACAAAAGUCAUACCCACAAAGCAAACGCCAGCUCACCAUGGCUCCAUCACCCCAGUCCAGUGAAAGGAAUGCUCCCCACAGGACAUCUCAUGAAGAAAAAGAUGGAUCUGACACCGCUGUCGGAAAAGAACCAUUUUGUGAAGGAUUUUGUGGUCAAAACAGCUGGAACCCCAGAAGCAAAAGAAAGGAGCCAAGGAGAUACCGGCAUGCAAGAUAAACAGCCAGUCAGAUGCCUGAAAGUGCAGACAGUGCAACCUGUCCAGAAGCAACUCAUUUCCAGAGAGGACUUUUCUCUUGGAGACAUAAAUCAUCCAUCAGACAGCAGUCAGAGCCCUGGAAAUACAUUCCUUAAGCAGUGCCUUGAAACCUGGACAGACCUUUCUCCGUACCAGAAAGGAAGGGAAGAACAUUUGCGUCUUUACCACCAGCAGUUUCAGCAGCCACCGAUUCUCCAGCAGAAGCUGAACUAUCAACCGCUAGAAAGAUUUUUAGCUCAAUACAAACCCCAGGAAAUUAGGGUUAAGCCAGAGCAGAGCCUGACACCCAGAGAUGCACAGUGCAAAGAUGGGAUGCAGCUGGAAGAGCUGGACGACAGUGAUUUUAGUGAGGACUCUUUUUCCCCAGUGUGUACCCAAGAGACAGCGAAAAACCCCAGCGACUGCAGGCAGCUUUCAUUUUUCCUUCAUCAGCGAGAACAAGGAGUGGAGGAAGAGCAGAAAGUCUGCAGGAAGCCUGGCUUAUUCUUCAACCAUGCAACACGUAUGGAAGAGCAUGAACUAGAUGACAGCUGGGAUUACAGCAAAGGCUCCUCAUUUCCAAAGACAAAGGAGUCGAUUAAAGACGCAGAAAAGAGGACGCAGUCUGACUGGAGCAUAGAGGGUGACGUGACUAUUGAUUCUUCUCUGAGUGACCAGACUGCAGAAAAGCCUUAUUGCUUGCAUGAAGAUCUUGUCUGGAGCUGGAAAGACAACACAGACUUGUCAGCUGAUCACGGCCAGUACAGCUCCAAACAGAAAUCUCAGGUUUCUCCUGGUGAAAGCUCCUUAUUCCCAGAUAAGGACACACAGUGUCCAUGUGUGCCCUACCUAUUGGACUCGGGGCCUGUAGGAUGCAAAGAGAUUGAUCUUCACCCUGCACAAAGGGAAGACUCCAUCAAAGGCAGACUGGCUCCUGUUGGAGGAAACGUAGAAGGGAAGAAUCUGAUAAAUGCAGCUUCUAAUACGUCGUCAGAAUUCACGUCUGAGCUGAUGGCCCCUCUGACCUUGUCUCUCCUUGACGAUGAGGAGGCAGCUGAUCCAGAGAACCACCUUCCUGCCCAGGAAGGGGCCAUCCAUGUGAAACAGAUGCUGGAGACGAAAAUCUGCAGCCCCAGAAAGAAAUUGGAGGGAGAGGCCAGAGCAUUUCUUAGAGAUGAAACCUCUCCAGUAGGCAGCGUGCCUGAUCUGGGGGAACAAAUGUACCACCAUGAAAUGAAAUGCGCUGAGCAUCGUACCCUGCACACGGAGAACAUGUGGCUUUCACAGGCCUGUCCUGAGCCACAGCCUUGCUGCGGCUUGGAAGAUUCAGCCCUGCUGAAUGCCUGUCACGGGUCUGUUAACGCUUUAUUUCCUGGAGAUGCAGACUUGACAGAAGACUCUGGAUCUGGAGCCAGAGACCCCUGCGAAGAGAAGGAGGGUUUAUUCUUUCUUAGUCAUCUCAAGUGUGGCGAAUACGUGAAUAGCAGACACUAUGAGGCUGAUACUGAAGAUGCACCCAGCAGCCUGUUGAACUGCCCAGGAAAACCCACCCUGGGUAAAGCAACAGGGGUUAGCCCCAUGUCUCAGAUUGUGUGUGUGGACACACCUGCAAAGGGCUGUUUUGCAAGCCCCCCACCCAUUCCUAAUGAAGAGAGUGGGGAGGGCACAGUCUAUUCCCCUCCUCAAGAAACCAGCCCGCUCCAGCCCAGCUCAGAAUUCAGGCCGAAGGACUUCAGCCGUGCUGAAGACAUGUUCAAGUUGUCAUUCAGUGGCGAGGAGUUGGGGCUGCUUCAGAAUAAACUGGUGCAAAGUCUUUUUCCACAAAGCAGCUUUGAUGCUGCAGAAGUUACCAAAGAGAUUAAAUCCUUAGCAAAUCCAAACAGUCCCCCGAGCACCUCCAUCCUCAGAGACCCGACCGAUACCUCAGAAACAUCAGACCUGCCCAUGGAAGUCCUGGGAGAAGCACAGCAGGCUGUGAUCCGAGCCCAUCGAGAGCAGCUGGAUGAAAUGGCGGCCCUGCGUCUGCAGGAAGAGUGCUUGCUCAGGCAGGUGGCAGCAGCAGAUUUUGAAAACUUUGUGAGCAACCUGGAUGAAAUCCUGAUUCUGAAAUCCAAGUGCAUCCAAAGCACGCGAGCCCAGCUUCAGCUCUACUUGGCCUGUCCCAGGGCCAACUCCACGCUGCAGAGAGCUACGUCAUCUUAGCCCGCCUGCGGCUGCAUCCAUGCCAAGCUUUCAGCAGCUGUGGAAGCAAGCAGCUGUGGUUUCACCUGGGGGUGUCAGGUAUCCUGCAGCAAACAGGGGGGCUGGGUUGGAGGUUGCUGUUUUGUUUAGUGUGUAUUUGUAAUGUGCACGGAGAGAUUUGUAGGUAAAUGAACGGUCUGAGGACCUGACGGAAGCCCAGAACGUUGUGUUUCUACAUGGUGUCUUUGUAAGGUGAGACCACGUGCUUCAGAGCAAUAACUCGGCAGCCUUGUAGCACGCAGCGCAGCAACAGGGUUCACGGAGAACGGGAUUCACACCAGUCAUUAAAGGCACUUCUGUGCUGCCAGAAAAUAACACAGCAAGAAAAAGUGCUUUGAAAGCCUACAAGUCAGUGAAAAGAAAGAAUCAAAAGCUUUCCAAGAAAACAGCAUUGUCCAAGAAGGCGAGGAAAUGGGAGGGAACAGCUGCUUGGAAUAAAUAAGCAGGCAAAUUUUUAAUAAAAAUUGAGACAAGAUGAGAUUGGUUUGCAUCCUUACUGCUUCUGGAGAGAGCUCAGUACUAACGCCCCUAAGGGCAUUGCCAAGACAGACAAGUGAUGGGUCAGCAGGUGGAGGUACAAGAGGACACGCACCAGAAGUUCUCUGGACAAUCGCGUUGCUUUUCUGUCCGUGCCAGCUGCUCUAGAGGGUCUUCACUGACCAGCACACAGGGUGUCGAUCUGUACCCUGCUGCAGCUCACUCUGCCGUGCCCCGUUGAGGUCAAACCUAGAUGUCCAGAAUUGAUCAGAUACAGCUGUGGGAAGCCUCCGAUUCCUGAGAAUUGGCUUUGGACGCCUGUUAGCACCCUUGGUCCCCAGCGCAGGCAGCAGGACCUAGAACAGCCAAGCUAUCAACCACACCCCUGCAAAUUCACUAUGGAUGGGGGGCCCGCCUGUAUCCCGUUCACCAACUGCAAGCACAUGCAACCAGCCAAAGCCAUAAGUGACCUUAAAGAAGGUGCAGCUAAGAUCAGGUGCUUGAGGAGCAAUCACAUUCAGCUCUGUUCUCGCAGCAUGCCCAUUGCCAAGGUGCAUGUAACCAGAGCAGCCUGAUCAGAAUACCAUGGGUAGCUAUAAAUGCCAGGGGGCAAAGAGACACGGUGUCCUCUGAGAAUCUGGGAACUUCCAGUCCUCUACACCGAGAAGCCUGGGCCUGCAGCAGGCAUCAACACGAGCCCCCACCACCUUUCAGCUCCCUUCACAUGAGCUCGAGGUUUGGGGCUCUGCAAAGGGAACAGCUUCAGUGCCAUGCUCGGGAAGAGAAAAGAAGAGCAAAGCAACAAGAAAUGAUGCGGCAGCUCUUCAGAGCGCUCCACCAUCCUUUUCCCUGACAGGUCUCUGUCCCACAGCCGAGUGGAUUAUCCUUGGGAGCCGAGCACCCGGUCAUUCAUUCCAAGCUCCAAGUUGCUGACCUUGAGCCGAUUCCAGAUUAACAGGCAAAAAAAA